UUUCCACUCAUCUCUAUCAAUCAAUCUGUUCGAAGAGCAGUCUUAUCAUGCAGCGACCUGAAAUUCGUUCACGACAAGGUUGCUUGACUUGCAGGAAGCGUCAUAGAAAAUGCGAUGAGAAGCGACCUGUCUGUACGCUCUGCCAAAAGUCAGGCCGCACUUGCGACUACACAAGCGAAUUUCGUUGGGCGCCUGUCAACGACGUGUUUGUUAUUCCUGAUACUUCGUUCAACGGAGGUACCAACAGAAUUGAUCGAGAGGAGAGGCGAAAAACGGCCCAAAAUCGGGGUCGACAACAGCGAAUUCGCGCCCAAAUGCAAGAUGCACAGCAAAGCGGUAUCAGCCGUCAGGUCUUGAACCAACGCCAAAACGAAACCCAGACUCCCAAUCAGGGCCAAAGCCCAAACUCAGGCCCGGCCCCUUACGAAAACGACAGCCAGCUACGGUCGCCGGGAAGUGACCACCGAGAUGGGCUUCGUUCUAGACCCGUACCAACUUUAGAUACUUCGCUCGCGUCCUUGUCCUCUAUUAGCCCUGCCACUACACGCCAGCAAGUGUCUUCACCGGAGGAUUUCGAGGUUUUGACUCAAGGUAAUAGCGACAUGAGCUUAUAUUUCAACGACCUUUCAAAUGUGCAGUUUGACAGCAAUUGGUUGAACGCAUUUGUGAUGGACCAGGACCUCACGACAUUAUCCGCCCAAUACGAUGAUCAAAUAACAGCUACAGGCCACAUCACAUGCGAGCAAUUGGUGCUGGACCCGACAAGUGUUGAGCGGAGCUCUGUCCUAACUGACGCCGACGCUUCGCUAGAAAUCAUUGAAAGCGAACAUGAGGCCAAUAGAUCUAAAUCUAGUACCGGUCCCGUAUUUGGUACCACCAAGACCUUUCAGCACAGCCUUGGACCGCUAGCAUCAAGCCUUCCCACUUGCACUGAGGAAAUCGCGUUUAACUAUUUCACUCUUGCUGCAUAUCUCAUCCACAUCGCUUCGGAGGUUAUGACUGGUAGCCUCACGACGGACACACAUCUUCGGAAUGCGUUCAAGCUGGUGGUUGAACUACGAUACAUCGAUAAGAUGCCUGAAGGAUUCUAUUCUCGCUUCUUGGUGCAGCGAUUUGCCAUGAUCGACGUCAUCAUGUCUCUCUUGCGGCGCCGAAAGCCCCUCGCACCCGAAUAUUUUAUCUUGUAUCAGCAGCAUGAGGAAGCUGAUGUAUGUGGGCCAUCUUUUCGUGAACUUACUGGCUGCCCUCAGCCUGUACUUUCUUUCUUGGCGAGGAUAUCGACAUUGGCAACCGACGUUGAGUUGGAAAACGACGUACGGCUCGCUGAAGCGUAUCAACUCGAAACGACUAUGCGAGAUUGGGGAUCACGAAAGUACCCAAUGCCACUGAAUAUAGCUGCUCGAUCAAACAGCCCCCUGUUUGGUCAUGGCACGGCCUCGCAAGAUGACCAUCUAAGUACCCUCAAUGCAUGCUUUUACUGGAUGGCGCAUCUUCUCCUUGCCCGGCGAGUAUUUUUGGAUCCCACAGCGUCAAGUCGAGUUCAACUUUACCGAAAACAUCUUUUCGCUCUUAUCGAUAGACUUCCUCCGGGGUGCGGGCCAGAUUCCUCACUUCCAAUUCCAUUCUACAUGGCGGCGCGAGAAGCCAUCGUGCCUUUAGACCGUGAGUGGGUGCGCCACAAGCACGCUGAGAUGAUAGCCAUAUAUCCAGAUCGCUCUCGGGAGCUUAUGAUGUCUUUGACAGAAGAUAUUUGGAGUAUGAGUGAUAGGGAAUAUCAUGACUUGGUGCUCAAAGGGCCUUGGGAUCUUCCUUGGAUCGAUGACGAUAUGAAUGUCCAGAUGAAGGACUCUCAAGCAAUGCAUUUUAUAAUCUAG